UAUUGCCAUUCAGGAUGCCACCAUCCAGCAUCCCACCUGCUUCCUUGAUCCUAGUACAAGCCCUUUUACACUGGUUAUUAUCAGUCUAGUCCUGACAGGCAAGUUUUCCGAAACCCAUUAGUAACCCGUGAUCAGUGCAUGAUCGUGUGUCCUGUUUGCCCACAAGGAGUUAAAACUUUAUUUAGAGGUGUGCUGCACUUUUAAAAUUUUGCUGUGGCACAACCUCUCAGAUAAUAAGUAAACUAACUGCGAGAACAGUGUAAAUAAGCCGCAGUGUAAAUGCUAUUCAUCGUGACCAAGUAAGUACAAGCUCUGUGUAAAGAGUUCGUCACCAACCAACAAUCGUGCGAAAGGAUACAAACUCGUGGGACACUUUACAGUCUCGUCUGCUAGAGGCAACAUCUCUUCAAAUAUGACCAGACCAAGAACAGCCGUGACGAGGUGUCUUAUCGUUGCCGUGACCUUUCUGUCCAUUACAGUACUCGGGUUAGUCGCUGUCAUCUUGUGGCGGGAGUUAUAUGUCACUGACCGAAACAAGAUGGACAACUCAUCGCCCGCCUUCGUCAUGAAUGCCUUUCCUGGUUACUUCCGAACUCCAGAGGAGCAGCGGAACUACGAGCUCCUGACCUUCCAGCCACCAGAAAAUACCUCCGAGGUCUUCAAUGUAUCCUCUAAAUACAGCGCGUGCUACCAAGACUGCAACACUCCCACCGCCAACCCCUACCCCUCCUACAGAGACUCCUUUCCAAUUUCAAACACGUCCUCUUUCCUGGGCCCUCUGCAGGACGUGCUUCAGACUUCGUGCUCCAUCGAUGACCUUGAUGACCAACUGACUUUCCAUAGCUGCUGCAUGUCGAUUAUGAGUUUCUUCGCACCCACUGAGCUGCCAUCCGGUAAGGACAGUGAGAAAACUCUGAAAAUUGCUCAGUUCUCGGAUGCCAAGCAGUAUUUUGAGAAAGAAGAAUGCUGUCAAACUGAAGGUUGUACAAUCUGCAAGUGCAAGCAGGCCUCCACCCUAGUCACGGCCGUGGUUGUGGAGUGGUCACCAAGCCCCAAGUAUCGUGUAGACCUAGUUCGAGUUCCAGGCUGCUGCAAAUGUGUCAAUGCUGAUUAGCACUGAUAUUAAGUUCCUCCGUGUAAAUAUGACAUUUCUUAAUUUAACACAGUAAAUAUUUCGUUUGCACCCAAAGCCAAAGCAUCAGCCUAACCUCGUGAAAAUUAUCUUCGCUUUUACAAACGGGCGUCCUAUCACUCGAUCACGUGACACUGAAGUCACUUCAUUACCCCAGCGCUUUAUUUUGAAAGUUUUAAAAUUUGAUCACACCUGUAAUUGAUAUGUAACGAUUGUAGUCAUUCUAACUAUAAGACUACAACUCAUUACCUCGUUCGUGGCAUUGAAAUGUCACCUUCCUCAAACUUCCUCAAGACAGCCAUCGUGCGCCCACUCAUAUACUAAAGAAGUUCGAUCUUGAUGUUAAUGAGUUUGUAAACUACCGUCUCUUCUAAUCUUUUAUUGUCUAGCACAUCGAUCCCCCUUAUUGUCUAGCGUUACUAGUCUUAGAGGCAUCAUUCUGGACUCCACAUCUCUAUGAAGUCCCACAUCUCCUGAACUAACCAAAACCCUUUCUUUUUCAUCUCUAACUCCUCGCCACCAUCCAACGCUUUCUGAUUCUUCAUGUCACUGUCAAGCUAGUUAUCUCUUUUCUUCUCUCACGCCUGGAUUACUGCAGCUUCCUUUUAGUUGGCACUGUCACACUCCACACCCUUCAACGCGUUCAGAACGCUUGUGUCCGUCUGGUGCUCCGGGUGCAUAUAACUGAUCCCGUCAAUCCCUUGCUUGGCUUACUUCACUGGCUGCCUAUCACCGGGCUGUUUCACUUACAAACUAAACUGUCUUCACUGUCUCCAUGAUUACUUUCUUCUUGCCUCAUCCUCCAGACUCCAUUCCAC